CUAACUAAGAAAAACACAACACAAAAGGCUAAGGUUUGAGGUUUCAUGUUUCAGGUUUGAGGUUUGGUUCUGGUUCCUUCCUUCUUCCAAUUCCAUUUCCAAUUUUUUCCAUUUAUCAUCAAAUUGAAAUUGAAAUACAAAUUGAAAUGGCAUCAACACUUUGGUACUCAUCUCGACCAUUCACCCUCACCCGCAUCACCGACAUGUCACCCAAUCACAACCACCCAUUCCACUCACCACAACUCCCUCCUUCCCUCUUCUUCCGCCGCCGCCGUCAAUUCCUCCUAACAUCAUCCUGCCACGUGGACGGAGACGACGUCGUUUCAACUCGCAACUCAACUUUCGAUCGAGGAUUCACCGUGAUCGCUAAUUUGUUACGACGUAUUAAACCCCUCGAUAAUUCCGUCAUAUCAAAGGGUGUUUCUGAUUCUUCUAAAGAUUCAAUGAAACAAACAAUUUCAACUAUGCUUGGUUUGUUGCCUUCUGAUCAGUUUGAUGUUACUGUUAAGCUUUCUCUAAAACCUCUUCAUCGUCUCCUUGUUUCUUCCAUCAUCACUGGGUACACGCUGUGGAAUGCAGAGUACAGAAUGUCCUUGACGAGGAAUCUGGAUUUGUCGUGUGGAGAUGGAGAGUCAGAUUGUGAAACGCCUUUGGAGAUUUCAGGGGUUAAGGGUGGAGGAGAGCAACUUGGCGAAAUUGAGGAGGUUGUUUCUGAUUCAGGGUUCAAGGAUUUGGAAACAUGCAGCAGUAGCAGCGCAAAAGUCUUUGGUGAUUUGCCACCUCAGGCUCUGAAGUACAUUCAGCAGUUGCAAUCUGAGUUGACAAACAUGAAGGAGGAGCUGAAUGCCCAGAAGCAGAAAAUGAUGCAAUUAGAACACGACAGGGGAAUUCGGAACAAUUUGCUUGAAUAUCUGCGCUCUUUGGAUCCUGAUAUGGUGACAGAAAUGUCUCGGCCUUCGUCAGUAGAAGUGGAGGAUAUAAUUCACCAACUUGUUCAAAACAUUUUGAGAAGAUUCUUUGUGGAUGAUGCUAGCUCUGAUUUUAUGGAACAAUCAGUAGAAGGAAACAUAGACUAUCACCCGGACAAUGGUGAUGAUACUAGUGAUACAGUAGCGACUUCUCGUGAUUACCUCGCAAAGUUGCUUUUCUGGUGUAUGUUAUUGGGACAUCACUUAAGAGGAUUGGAAAACAGAUUGCAAUUGAGUUGUGUUGUUGGACUUUUAUAAAUAAGAUAGAUGGUGGAAAACUUGUAUAUUCUUUUCUUCCUCUUUUUCUCUUCAACCCCUCAAAAGUACCCAUCAUUUUUUCUUCUUCUAUAACACCAGUUAAAUGUAAAACUGGAAGUAUGGGAAUAAUCACAUGCAAUCCUUGCUUUUGGCACUUCUUCUCUUGAUUCAUCACACCAAGCAUUAAAGCAAAUCACAUUUUAAGAA